CUAAAACUGUUUCAAGUUUAUUAGACGAAAACAAUUUUUCUGGUUGAGGUUUCACAACUAUAAGAAUAGUGCCUUGCGUUAAAAGAAAAUUUUAAAUCAACCAUCUACAUUUCUUGGCUUGGAGGAACAAUAUAAUUAUUAGAUUAAAGGUUAGACCAUUACUUACAAUAGUCUUACGCUACUAUGGACCCAAACGCCACUUUAUCUACAAACUGUAAUUUACCUCAAAAUGGUGAUAUACUUGAUGAGGAAGUAAACCUGUACCGUACAACAGAUAAUGUCAACUCGCACCGUUUGUACGCAAUGCGCUUUGAUCAUAAUUAUGCAGCAGUCCAAGCACCAACUGAAGCUGAGAAUAAUAGUUUUAUUUCAAAACAAACCAGUCAGAUUCAAGGUGAUUACGCAUCUGUUGCAAUAAAUAAUGAUUCACAAGCUGCAACUAGUGAUAUAGACUCUGGAGAGGAAACAGAGACCGCUUCCGAAAGUAUGGAAUAUAAUGAUGAGUUAAAUCGUGAUUUAGUUCAUGAUGACGGUAAUUACAAUGAAAAUAUAAAUGGACCGGAUGUUAAAGUAACACCAAAGAAGAAUAGAUUGCAAAAUAGAAAAAUUCAUGGAGAGUUAAAACAUGGUAUGGUUCUUAGGAAACCGAAGAAAACUAUAGUUCGAAAGUCCCAGAUAAAUAAGACUGGCGGAACGUUGUCUGCUGACAAAAUUGUUGGUAAAAAAACAAAGGAAACAACCAAGGAAAAAUCUUAAACAGAGUAAAUCGCAUUAUAUAUAAGCAAAACAACAACUCUUAUGAAUCAAAUAAGAAUUGUAUUACUAACUAAUAAACAGAAAUUAUUAUAAUCCUAACAAAUAUGUUUAUAUAAAC